CAGAAAGUCUCAUCUUUCUUCCUUGAAGUGGUUGGUGGGUUUGAGCUACUGACCCUGCAGACAGCAGGCCAAUACUUAAAACAGUGCUACCAGGGAUCCUUUAUAUGUCAAUAGGUAGGAGUUUUUGACUAGUGGACAAUACAAUAAAAUGGUUGAAUUAGAAACUAGGACUUUAUUAUGGAGUCCCAAAUGCUAAUAUAAAUAGAUCUUUUAGCUUUAGCCUUCCUAUCUUCUGCCUGGUGGUAAAUGCCAGUAUUCAUAGGAAUAAACAAUAGAAAGGAAUUGGAGGUCUCACUGUUCAGUAUUAAACUUUCAUGUAAUUCCUAAUUCUUUAGUAUCAGACCUUUCCUCUGCAUCUGUUUUAUUUGUUUCUAAAUCUGGAGCUUCUCUGGUUCAUUUUCUAUAGAAAGUAAACCUUCCUUUUUCUGUUGAGGUAUGGAUGCAUGGCCACUACCUGUAUAGAUUGGAGGAAAGAGUAUAUUGAUUAAGGAAGUUUGGGAAAUCGAUGAACAAACUAAUAAGCAACAGGAAACACUUAUGAUGAAAAUCACAUCCAUCUCCAAAAAAUCUCUGAUUAAAGAAAGAGGUAAUGGAUGCAAAAAAGUUAAAAAAUUAAUUCCUCUGAGCUCAGACAUUGCUACUUUGAGACAAAGCUUCUAUGAACUUGAUAAGGACUUGGAACAUAAUUCAGGCUUUCUUAAUUUUAAGAAAGACUGUAUAAGAGGAAAAAACUGUGACUAUAAUGAAUAUAGGAAACCAUUGUAUCAUACCUCAUCUCAUCUUUUUAAGUGUAAUCAAUGUGGACAAGAAUUCAAUCAUAAGUUUGACCUCAUCAGACAUGAGAGAAUUCAUUCUGGAGAGAAGCCAUAUCAAUGUAAGGAAUGUGGAAAAGUCUUUAGUAGAAAGGAAAAUCUUAUUACACAUCAAAAAAUUCAUACUGGUGAAAAACCUUAUAAGUGUAAUGAAUGUGGAAAGGCUUUCAUUCAGAUGUCAAACCUUAUUAGACACCAAAGAAUUCAUACUGGGGAAAAACCUUUUGCAUGCAAGGAUUGUUGGAAAGCCUUCAGUCAGAAAUCAAAUCUAAUUGAACAUAAAAGAAUUCAUAGUGGAGAAAAGCCCUAUGAAUGUAAGGAAUGUGGGAAGUCUUUCAGCCAGAAGCAAAACCUUAUUGAACAUGAAAAAAUUCAUACUGGGGAGAAACCGUAUACAUGUAAUGAAUGUGGUAGAGCUUUCUCUCGAAUGUCAUCUGUUACUCUGCACAUGAGAAGUCACACAGGGGAGAAACCAUAUAAAUGUAAUAAAUGUGGGAAAGCCUUCUCUCAGUGCUCAGUAUUUAUUAUACACAUGCGAAGUCAUACAGGUGAGAAACCCUAUGUAUGUAGUGAAUGUGGGAAAGCAUUCUCUCAAAGUUCAUCUCUUACUGUACACAUGAGAAAUCACACAGCUGAGAAACCCUAUGAAUGUAAUGAAUGUGGAAAAGCCUUCAGCCGGAAAGAAAAUCUCAUUACACAUCAGAAAAUCCACACUGGAGAGAAACCUUAUGAAUGUAAUGAAUGUGGGAAAGCUUUUAUUCAGAUGUCAAACCUCAUUCGACACCAGAGAAUACAUUCUGGUGAAAAACCCUAUGCAUGCACUGUAUGCGGUAAAACCUUUAGUCAGAAAUCAAAUCUGACUGAACAUGGGAAAAUCCAUACUGGAGAGAAACCAUAUCAUUGUAAUCAGUGUGGAAAAGCUUUUAGUCAAAGACAAAAUCUCCUUGAGCAUGAGAAAAUUCACACUGGAGAGAAACCAUUUAAAUGUAUUGAAUGUGGUAAAGCCUUCUCUCGAAUCUCAUCCCUUACUCUUCAUGUAAGAAGUCAUACAGGGGAGAAACCAUAUGAGUGUAAUAAGUGUGGGAAAGCCUUUUCUCAAUGUUCAUUACUUAUUGUACAUAUGAGAAGUCAUACUGGUGAAAAACCCUUUGAAUGUCAUGAAUGUGGGAAAGCAUUCUCUCAAAGAGCAUCCCUUUCUAUACAUAAAAGAAUUCAUACAAGUGAGAAGCAUCAAGUGUACUGAAUGAGAGCAGACCUCUCAAAUUCAAACCAUACCCUAUUUAACUUUUUAAAUAUCCUGGAGUAUACUCUAACAACAAAAAUCCACAAGAUCUUUGGGGAAAAAAUUGUUAAAGGGUAUAAAACAUGAAUACAUACAGGGAAGUACCAGGUAACUAAAUGGGAAAAUCCAAUGUCAUAAAAAUUUCAAUUAUCCAAAAUUAAUGUAUAGAUUUCAUGCAGUUUCAAAUUAAAUCUCACUCACAAGAAUAUUUUAGGAUCUUUGCAAAAUGACCCUAAAACUAUGUAAAAUAGAAUUCUAUGGAUUGCUGAAACACUUUUGAAAAGGAACAGGAUGUGCCUUCAUACCAUAUAUUGCACAUAUUAUAGAAGUUAUUAAGUAUUCAAUAUUAGUACAUUAACAGAUAAAUAAAAAGGUCUUACAAAA